AUGUUUUUAACUUAUAUAAUAGUUAAUUUAUUAAUAAUUAAUUUUAAGUAUGUAAAAUCUGACAGUGAUUUUGACUCAAUAGAUCUUUUGGAAAAUGAACGAGUUUACGAUUCUGCAAGUAUUGAAACAACUGACGAGCAAGUAUAUUAUAACGGGACCUGGCUAUGUGGUAAUUGUACGGAUUUAAAAGAGGCUAAAAUUAAAUAUAACGAAUCGUAUGAUAUUGAAAUAAAUGGCGACAAUGCGGAAGUACAGAUCGGUGUGUCAAUCCCCGACAUGAGAUGUGUGACAGUGACAACAGAUGAUACUGUCAACGUCCAGCUUGUGUCAGGGUCAUGUAGCGGUGACAGCGUCACUUUGAGUGUCUACAAUACGUCACACUAUGAUGUUAACGUUUAUUAA